CCGGCCCUGCUCGCUUCCUUCCCCCGCGCCGCGCCGGGAGGAGGCAGGAAGGGAGGCGGCGGGGAUGGAGCAGCUCCCCGGGGGGAUGCAGUAGCUCGCCGGGAUCCCCCCCCCGGCCCGCCUGGUCCCCGCCGGGACACGGUCCCGCUGAGACCCACAGCAUCUCUGCAAUGGAAGGGAAUGAGGGGGACCCACCCGGGGCCCACGGACGCCAGGGCAGCAAUGAGCGCAGGCCGUCACGAGAGACCAAUUCAGAGGACCAGGUGGCCCAGCAGACCGAGGAGGUGUUCCGGAGCUACACCUUCUACCGCUACCAGCAGGAGAGAGAGGAGGGAGGGGAGGAGGUGCCCAUGGACCCAGAGAUCAUGGAGAUCCAGCAGGAGCUGGGCAGCACCGGGAGCCAGGUGGGCAGGCGCCUGGCCAUCAUCGGGGACGACAUCAACAAGCGGUACGACGCGGAGUUCCGCCAUAUGCUGAAGUCAUUGCAGCCCACCAAGGAGAAUGCCUACGAGUACUUCACCACCAUAGCCUCCAGCUUGUUCGAGAGCGGCAUUAACUGGGGCCGGGUGAUCGCACUGCUGGGCUUCGGUUACUGCAUGGCCAUCCACGUCUACCAGCACGGCAUCACGGGGUUCCUGCGCCGCAUCGCCCGCUACGUCACCGACUUCAUGCUGCGCAACCGCAUUGCGCGGUGGAUCGCCCAGCAGGGAGGAUGGGUGGCUGCACUCGAUCUGGACAAUGUUUACAUGAAGUACAUGCUGGCGGUGCUGGCCCUGGUGAUGGUGGGGCAUUUAGUGGUACGACGCUUCUUCAGGCCCUGACCGCCGUGGGGUGGAGGCGGGGGUCCCGCCGAGCUCUCUCUCAAACCUCUGCUCCGCGGUGACAUCUCACAGGAGAGGGGCAUUCAAGGGACCUCUGAGAGAGAGAGCAGCGCGGACCCUUGAGCCUCCCACUGCAGGACACGGGGCCGUGCCGCCCAGGAGACGCCGCUGGGAGCUACAGAGAGGGGCAGCGGGGAGGAGAGGGAUCGGCUCUGCUGUCUGCUUGGUGCCUUGCUGGGCUGCUGAGGGCAGAGCGGCGCUGAGACCUCGUGGCACACAGCAGUGAGGCAGCAGAUCAGGCUGCUCUGCAGGAACCGACGCGUUGCCGUGAGAGCACCUGUCUGUGUGUGCUGUGUCUGCUCUGUGCUGUUCUUAAGGCGCUCCUGUGGUGGGCGCAAAGCUCCCCGUGGCUGAUGGCUUCAUCCCACACUGUGCCUGUAUUUGAAGAGGGAUUCCAACCUCGGUUGUGUUGUCUGCAAAUCACUGGAGGGGCGAGCCAGCAUUAGAAAGUGUGGGGUUUGCUUUCGUCUUCCCUCUGCUCCUGAGCCCAAGUACUUGAGCCUUCUCUUUCUUUAUAACAAGCAUCCCUUACCUUCUUUAAGAACCACACUUGCUACCUGAUGGUGGGAACAUGCCUGGCACCAGCAGGCUGCCCAUGCUCAACCCACACUGUAGCUCCCCAGGGCAGGCACAGGUUCUGGGGUGCAGCUGUGCCUCAUUGCCUGCUCCCCAGCCCCACUGUGACCCCCAGAGCUGUGUGCCAGCAGGCCUGGGGAGCAUCAGUGAUUUUCCAAACACUAAAAAGCUGUGGGGCAGCGUGCAGUGGAUGCAAGCAGCCUGCCCUCCUCCCAUUCUGCUGGCUAUUUCUAUCCAGCACAUUUGCAUGCUGCCCACUGGGACCAGUGGGUGUCCCUCGCUGCCAGUAGGAGGCACUGGGGUUGCACCACUGUGUCCCUGCUCCCACUGUAGGAGCUGGGCUGGAGGUGCAGGGAGCCCAGGGCACAUCUGAGCUGGGCGCAGCAUGCAGCCCUGUGCAUGCAUGGCUUCUUUGGCGAGUGGCCCGACCUUGUUCUGUUCAUGGCUGAUGCUUGAAGAUGAGCUUUAGGGGGGGAGGGCAGCUGGCCCCUCUCGCCCAUCUCAGAUCUUUCUGACUUCUGCAAAAUAGGGAGAGCAUCCCAGCACAUCCCAGCAUUGACUGCCUUGCUCAGCUCUGUUCCUUUUACUCCAGGUGACUCUUUAAGGUGUGAAACUGUGAUGGCCUUCUCUGAGCCAAACCCACCCUGUACCAGCAUCACACACUCCCAGAGCAGCUCAGCAGGAGCCCUACGAUGAGCAGUGGGGCUGUGCUGGAGCUCCUCCUGCUGCAGGGGGAUCCCUGUGGGGCUGCACCCUUACAGACAGCAGCAGCACACCCUGAGCAGCCUUCAUGGGAGCCAGGGGAGAAUGGUGGGCCCAGGGCAGCCCUCCUGUCCCCCCAGCAGAGGCAUUUCCUAAUGGAUGCCUGUCUGUCCUGUUUAUAAAACCUUUCAUAUCACCUCCCUGCAUUGAUUCCUACCCUUGUCUUCAGAUUUGUCCUCAAUGUCUUGGGACUGCUCUGCCCCAGCACAGAGGACACCUGGCAGCCUUGCAGGACUGGCCAUAAUUUUAUACCACUGAUAUUCCUCAGGUUUCUGUGUUUUAAUGAAACUUUUCAGCCUCUUUCUGUAUCAGGGUCUUCCUGUGCUCAUCCCUCCAACCCCAUAUCUGCAGUAUCCCUGCCCCUGGCGGAGUGCCCUGAACUGCACUCACUGGAAGGACAUUAAAAUAUUUGCUAUAUUCCUCUUUA